AUGAAGCUACCCUUCAGUCAUACGUCAAGCAUCAAGUUCAUAGUUCAUCAUCAUCGUAGUUGCCAAAAUGUGCGAGGAAUGCGAGUGUUCCACCUGCAUGAAUGACAAGCAGUGCUGCUGGUUCUUUGCAGGAUGGAACAUAGCCACAUCCUGCAUGUGCGCGAUACUAGCAUCUGUGCAAAUUCACAAAUACAGUUCCUGGAUGAAGGGUGGCAGGGCUCAUGGCAGUGACUUUCUCAUUCUGAAUAGUUGCGAUGCUAAAUUGGCUUUUUGGUCAGUCAUCCUUGCUGCCAGCAUAAUGCACUUAAUGUCUGGGAGUCUUCUAGUCAUUGGAUUGUCCAAGGAUAUCAGAUGGUUGUUCUUGUUCGGUAAAACCACGAGUCACAUUUUCCCAUGUGCCAUGCUGUUCUCUAUACUCGCUCCAGUUGUCCACUGCGUGUGCAUUGUUCGGGUGUGCAGGUUCUACAGAAGCCACUGGAGAUAGUCCCUUCUGCCUCCAGUCAUUAAAUUUAAUUGGAAUCUUCGUUCUCUCAUCCCGCAAUCCCCUGCCAAUUCUCUC